CACGAGGAAAGCCCCAAUUCAUCCCCUAGGAGCUGCCCCCGUCCCUGUCAUUUCUCUUUGAGGCUGAUGCCAUGCGAUGAGCUUUGAUCAACUGCGUCCAUUGCUCCCUGGUCUGAGAUAAGCUUGCCGGCUGCACCGCACAUGGUCAAUUCAUAAUCGUUCGACCCUCCACUCCGUCAUCCCAGCCUCUUCUCAUUCUUCAACCGCACGUACCGGGUCCUUUCUUUUACCUUUAAGAUUAGCAGCUCUACAUGUUUCCUCUUCCUAACCCUUUCCCUUCUGUUCCUCCUACUUCUGAAUUCUCACGCCACUGAUCCAAGAUGUCCUUCCACGGGCAAGAUGGGAACUGUGCUGCUGGGACUCAGUGGUAUGUUUGCAAUACCGGUGGCUUCAAAGGUUGCUGUUCCGUCAAUGCCUGCGAGCUUGGAACCUGUCCAGAUGAUUCAACACACCAGAACGAGCUCAGAACUGUUACAUUGCCGGGCCCACCAGCCGCAACAGCCACAACAUAUUACCUUACCUCGUUGCCAUCUACUACCCUGCCAUGGGCAAAUUUACUGGUACCGACUUCUACUGGAAUCUAUACAGUGACAAUUCAGCAAUCAUCGGCCGCUCAACCAACUGGAGCAGGAUCGUCCAAGGCCGCUACUUCGUCUGCCCCAUCGAAAGUACCAAUUAUUGUUGGAGCCACAAUCGGAACGAUAGUAUUCAUAGUCCUUGUCGGUGUUUCGAUCUGGUUCUUCUUGCGGAGAAGGAGGGAAAGACGGAUCCUUCUAACAUCUCGAGGGAUGACACCAAUGCUCGGAGUCAAUGAUGAGAAGAGUCACCCAGCGAAUAGCAGGAAUCUCAGGGGAAAUGGUGGCAUAUUUAAUUCAUCCAGAAAAUAUCACAAAGCUCUAAGUAUAGACGAGAGGGAACCAAUAGGAGACCGUCAUUCCAUGGAAAUCGAGGAGGAACAACCAUGCGAUAUACCUUUCCCAAGUGAAGAGAAGAAAGCACUAUCUCCACCACCAGAUCAUGAACACCCAGCAUACCAUCCCUUACCCGGCAAACAAAUCCCCGCAUAUGUUCCAAUACAACCUGCUUAUAACACAUUACCCUCACAGCGAUCACGCGCUCCAAGUUUCCGCCGUCUACCAGAUCAAUCACCACAUAUUCCUGACUUCGUAUUUUCCCCGAUCGCACUUAACCCCGCUGCUGAUCAACUGGACCCGAUACCCGUUACUCCUCAGGCUGAACUGGCAGCAUCUCCCAUGCCGACAAGAGGACUAACUUCCUCAAUCCCUUCUUCGAAAUUUUCCACCGCACGCAUGUCUCCGCCACGUACUUCUCCACCCCGAGCUCCUCCGCCACGAGCCCCUUUGCCACAAACGCCGCCACUCCAAAGACGUACGACUCCUCCUAAGAACUCCUCUCCGCUUUCAAAGUUAACUCAAUCGCGCGGCUCGCCCCCACAAAAGAUUACACCUCCAACGAAUUCCGCAGUACGACGCAUCUCUGAGUCUCGCCUAGGGUACCCAUCCCCCACAGCAGGUGGAAAGGCGGAGCUCCCAGCAUCCAUGCCACCGAGCAAUGACAUCUCCAUAAUAAACGAUGAGCCGAUAAAGGCGCCGCUCAAUCCCACCCCUGCAUUCCACCAUAUAUAUCUUCCUGAGUCCCUAGAUGACUUCUGGAAAGAUGAUUUGACGGAUAUAACAGAGAGCAUCCCCAUUGGUCUUGAAGAUGACAGCUCCAGUCGUGACUCUCAACGGGCACAUGCUGAACAAGAGCAGAGACGAUCCCCACGAUCGAAGCAAGGGAAACCACAACCUAGGCAGGAACAGCGAUCAUCACCGUCGCCAGUACCAGAAAAGCCAUCUCGUCCGAAGUUAAGACAGCAGCGCUCAGAUGUCUCAGCACUCUCCGAUUACCACCACACCCUCAGGGAACAACCAUCCGGAGUAUCCGCAUUGACGGUUACUACAGAAGAGGAACCCCCCACGCAUAACCACUCUAGGCAGUGGAGCGCGAGCGAAAGAGGACACGUGACGAGCUGGCAGGUGUACAAAGGCGACGCGCCGAUAGGACAGGACGAGGUGAGUCCGCUGUUCAGCCCGCAAAGCGCGGCGGCGCGGCAGGCUCAGUGGAGUGACAUGGGUGAUAUGAGUGUUCAGCCAUUGAAUCUCCAAGGCAGAGAUGGCUGGACUGGUAGGGAGGGUUGGAGUGCGGUGCCUUUGACUCCAAUGACUCCAUUGGAUCAGAGGAGGGCAUUGAGACAUAAAGAGCGGAUGAAGUAAUCGAGAAGAAAGGAGAAGGAUGAUACGAUUAGGAGAGACAGCAUCCAUUCGAUGAUACCCAAUUUCUUAUUUCAGGACAGCAUGUAGAACAGAUAUAUAAGAUAAUUUUGAACAAAAAAUAGAUAAACGGCAAUCAGAGCAUAAC